CAGCGACAACCAUCGAAAUAAACAUAUCAGCAGAAGAGGAAACGCUAUUCGAGGAAAUAAAAGGCCCUUCAACAACCGCUCUAUAUACCUAGUCCAUGGCAUGCAUAUGCGAUUUUCUUCGGCGGUAUUAGAAAAGCACCUAGAAGCUACAGAUCGCCCGAGCCUAACCCGGUACUAAAAAAGGUGCUGGAUAGUCUCGUCUUGCAGUUCUCUAUCGAUAGCCGAGAUUACUGCUGACUUUUGAAGUCGGGGAAAUAAUUUUCUCGCCUUACUGCUACCUUGUUGACUUUGUUGUUGGCUUUGUUGACUUUUGUUGAAUAUCGACCGUCAAGAGUUGGUUUCCUUGGUGGCUGAUCUGAACGAAGUUCUCCUGGAAUUAUAUCGCUUUCGAUACCCAAACCCCUGCAUCAUUUCCAAAUGCUCGUUACCAGGCAUCUCGAACCGGAGCAAAACCACUGGUCUAGCAAAUUUGAGACCACCUUCCACAAAUCCACAAGCCCACGCAUGUCGAGCUACGACGGCCAUCUGUCGACACAGCCUGAUUGGCAGGGGCAAUACUCCUUUCUUCCUCCCGGCGAGAGUAAUAUCUUCGCACCACCUUUCGAACAGGUUACCGGCUCUAGUAGUAACAAUGACAUUUCUUCGCAACAGCGCCCCGCGAGCGCACAUAACAACACUCUUGAUAACACGAACCAGGCAACCCAGAGCAGUAUUCAUUCACCAAUGAGCCACUCUCGCAUAUUAGAUCCGCUUGGACUACGGCAACCGAAGGCAGAAUCUCCUGUGCACGAACACGCUGAUGUACAGGGUGCGAGUUAUGCUAUUAAGGCAGAGUCCGCCCACGAGGAGUCCUUAGCUUCUACAGAUCCCCAGGGACUUCCACUUGGACCAAGCGCGUUAGGCUCGGCAUCUUCGGUGCAGGGACAAGAGGCAACCUCUGGCCCAACGGUGAACGAAGACAGUGCCAUAGGAAAAGAUGAAGACGAUGAGGUACUGGACGACGAUGAAAUGGUGGAGGGAGAGGGAGAGUCAACAACGCAACCACAAACUGCCGCUGAACGCACAGCUGCUCGGAGGAAGAUGAAGCGUUUUAGGCUUACGCACCAACAAACCCGAUUUUUAAUGAGCGAGUUUGCAAAACAACCGCAUCCGGACGCAGCACACCGAGAACGACUUUCGAGAGAGAUCCCAGGACUAAGCCCGAGGCAGGUUCAAGUCUGGUUUCAAAACAGGAGAGCGAAGAUCAAGAGGCUUACUGCCGAUGACCGUGAUCGAAUGAUCAAAAUGCGUGCCGUGCCGGACGACUUUGACAAUGUUCAAGCGCUGCAUUCUCCUUAUGGGGCCGUCCACGGACUGGGGACCCCGAUCACGCCUCCCGUCGACUUUGGAACUUCGUCAUAUACGGAUCACAUCAUGCGGCCGCUGAUGGUAGAUACGAUGCGAAGAGGGGAGAACGACGAUCACAUGUCUCCCAGUGGACUGACUCCGGCUUUUGGAGGUAUCAACUUCACUCCGCCGGGAACUAUGAAUAAUGAUAUACUUUCUCCGUUGUCGCCGUCGUCAAACGAUCGAGGUUAUUAUUCCAGUCAUCUGACUAGUCCUCUCGGAGGAGCUCAAAGAGGUUCAAAUCCUUUCGCUAGACAAGGAAGCCUUGAUUCUGGUGUUCAGAUGCAUUCACAAAACAGGCAGCAAAUCCGUCCUUUACAGCCUCUUCAGCUUAGGGAGACCAUGUCGAGAUCACGACCAGACAAUCUACAGUCGCCCUUGCGCUCAAGUAUGUCAUGGAAAGGAGACUCGAUAGAUUAUACAACAUAUUCAAACACUAGUGGAAGCCCUGGAAUCGGCGGAAGACAUCAAUCUCUCUACCAGUCCGACCAGAUGGGUAGCAACUCAGGAAACUCGUUAAACUACGAUUCCAACUCUUACUCCACCUCAGGCGUCCAAACCUCACCGACCAAUAUUAAUUACUCAAGUCUACAACAGCCCUCGCAGAACAGAUCUCGCCUUCGAGCAACUUCUGCGACUCUUCCGCUCGGGUUGGAUUUACGACACCAAUACCGACCCAUGUCGUCUGCUAGCCAUUCCUCAACACCCCGAGUUCCGACUACGACGCCUUACGGAUCAUCUUCCGCAUACACUACGAGUUUUCCGUCCGCUCCCUUAACAGCACCCAUCGACUUCUCGCUUUCUAGGACGCCAGGGAUCAGCAGCAGGACUUCGGUCCAGGAUUAUUCGAUGCCCCAGAUGAGCGCGCCAAUCGCGCCCCCACACGAUUUUAAUCAAGCAUUACAUAGCAGCAUGGGAAGCUCCAGUACCAGGACCCCGAUGAGAGAUACGUUCGGGGGUGGUCCCCUGAGCGUAAGCCAGGGACAGGGAUCUAGUGAAAGAAGCGAGGACUACUCUCAGGAGGGAAUGGGUGGAUCUGGUGGUUCGGGGUUGAAACGAAAACGGAGUUCAUUUAGCCUCUCGCAAGGAAGCCAUACGCCCGGACCGGCUCAGACUUCCCAACCAUACGGACACACUACUUGAACGAUACGUCAUUAAUAACGGUCCCGAGAGAUACCAGCAAGGGGGUUGGGUGGGUUGAAGCACGGUGACACAGAAACUCGAAAAAGACGAUGUGGCGCUCUUCUGAUUCUAUUCGAAAAUAAUACCCAAUUUUUAAGGACCUUAUUAGAUUACCAUGUGUUACUAUAUACUUUUUUGUUUGAAUUUUUUGGGGAUCAUUUAGUUGCAUUUCUCGGUGUGGACGUGUCACAGUGCCACGACGAAUUUUAGGAGUAUCGAGCGUUUGGUAUAUUAUCGGGUGGUGGUUUUAUGCUAGGUUAGGG